AUGAGCGGCUACGAGAGCCGCAAACGCGACCGGAGAGACGCGUGGAGCUCUAAGAAGCAGCAGAAGCUCGCGCCCACCGCCGACGAAGACCUCGAGUCGAAGCUCGGUUUCGAUCUGUUCUCCGAAGGCGAAACUCGGCUCGGGUGGUUACUCACUUUCGCUUCUUCAUCUGUGGAAGAUCAAGACACCCGUAAGGUGUAUAGCUGCGUUGAUCUCUAUUUCGUUACACAGGAUGGCUCCGCUUUCAAGUCAAAAUAUAAGUUUCGGCCGUAUUUCUAUGCAGCCACAAAGGAGAAAAUGGAAAUGGAUGUUGAAGCAUAUUUGAAACGGCGUUAUGAAAGUCGUAUUGCUGAUAUCGAGAUAGUGGGGAAAGAAGACCUUGAUCUAAAAAACCAUUUGUCUGGCCUACGCAAGUCCUAUUUGAAGUUAUCAUUUGAUACUGUUCAACAAUUGAUGAAUGUCAAGAGUGACCUAUUGCAAGUUGUUGAAAGAAACCGCACAAAAUUUGAUGCUGCCGAAGCUUAUGAGUCAAUACUUCUAGGAAAUCGAGAACAAAGGCCACAAGAUUUCCUAGAUUGUAUUAUUGAUCUUCGUGAAUAUGAUGUUCCCUACCAUGUCCGCUUCGCUAUUGACAAUGAUGUGCGAUGUGGCCAGUGGUACAAUGUUACUGUAUCCAGUACAGGUGUUAUGCUUGAGAGGAGGACAGAUCUUCUGCAGCAUGCCGAAGUUCAUGUUUGUGCAUUCGAUAUUGAGACAACUAAGCUACCUUUAAAAUUUCCAGAUGCUGAAUAUGAUUUAGUAAUGAUGAUUUCAUACAUGGUUGAUGGACACGGGUACUUGAUUAUUAAUAGAGAGUGUGUUGGAGCUGAUAUAGAAUAUCUGGAGUACACUCCAAAAGAAGAAUUUGUAGGCCAUUUCAAGGUGACAAAUGUGGAAAAUGAGAGAGAGCUGUUAAGACACUGGUUUGCCCAUAUGCGAGAGGUGAAACCUGGAAUUUAUGUCACAUACAAUGGUGAUUUUUUCGAUUGGCCUUUCCUGGAAACCAGAGCUGCACAUCAUGGGUUCAAAAUGAAUGAAGAAGUUGGAUUUUUAUGUGACAAGAAUCAGGGGGAAUGUAGAUCUAAAUUUGCUUGUCAUCUUGAUUGCUUUGCUUGGGUCAAACGUGAUAGUUAUCUACCCCAAGGGAGCCAGGGCCUUAAGGCUGUUACGAAAGCAAAGUUGGGAUAUGAUCCAAUAGAGGUGAAUCCUGAGGAUAUGGUUCGCUUUGCAAAAGAAGAACCUCAGGUGAUGGCAUCCUAUUCGGUUUCUGAUGCUGUUGCAACCUAUUAUUUGUACAUGACUUAUGUUCAUCCAUUUAUAUUCUCUCUUGCAACUAUUAUUCCAAUGUCUCCGGAUGAGGUUUUGCGCAAAGGUAGUGGAACCCUUUGUGAAAUGCUUUUAAUGGUUCAGGCAUACAAGGCAAAUGUCAUAUGUCCUAACAAACACCAAUCUGACCCGGAAAAGUUCUAUAAAAAUCACCUUUUGGAAAGUGAGACUUACAUAGGUGGCCAUGUCGAAUGCCUUGAAAGUGGUGUUUUCAGAUCUGAUCUUCCAACCAGUUUUAGGCUUGAUGCAGCUGCUUAUGAGCAAUUGAUCUAUAACCUUGAUCGAGAUCUUCAAUAUGCUAUCAGAGUAGAGGGAAAGAUGGACUUGGAAUCUGUGUCCAAUUAUGAUGAAGUGAAGAGUUCUAUUCUGGAAAAGCUUGUGAGGUUGCGAGAUGAACCAAUACGAGAAGAAUGCCCACUUAUUUAUCACCUGGAUGUAGCUGCUAUGUAUCCCAACAUUAUUCUAACAAACAGGCUUCAGCCCCCAUCAAUAGUUACAGAUGAGGUCUGUACUGCUUGUGAUUUCAACCGUCCAGGAAAAACAUGUCUACGAAAGCUGGAAUGGGUUUGGCGUGGAGAAAUAUUCAUGGCAAAAAGAAGCGACUAUUAUCAUCUGAAGAAGCAAAUUGAGUCUGAGUCUGUCGACGGUGCCACUUCCAAACAGUCACGGUCUUUUCUUGAAUUGCCUAAAAUGGAACAACAAACAAGGCUCAAAGAGCGUCUAAAGAAAUACUGUCAGAAGGCGUAUAAACGAGUAGUGGACAAGCCAGUCACUGAACUCCGGGAAGCAGGGAUUUGCAUGCGGGAAAAUUCAUUCUAUGUUGACACAGUCCGCAGCUUUCGAGAUAGAAGGUAUGAGUAUAAAGGGCUUAAUAAGGUUUGGAAGGGCAAGUUGUCUGAAGCAAAGGCUAGUAAAAAUUCUAUAAAGAUCCAGGAAGCACAAAAUAUGGUGGUGCUUUAUGAUUCCUUACAACUUGCACAUAAGUGUAUACUUAACUCCUUUUAUGGAUACGUCAUGCGCAAGGGUGCAAGGUGGUAUUCAAUGGAAAUGGCUGGAGUAGUUACAUAUACUGGAGCUAAAAUUAUUCAGAAUGCUCGGUUACUUGUUGAAAAAAUUGGAAAACCUCUUGAGUUAGAUACAGAUGGUAUCUGGUGUGUGCUUCCUGGAUCAUUUCCAGAGAACUUUACGCUCAAAACAAAAGACUUGAAGAAGAAGCUAACUAUCUCAUAUCCAUGUGUCAUGCUUAAUGUUGAUGUGGCGAGAAACAAUACAAACGAUCAGUACCAGACUCUUACAGAUCCGAUUGAGAAAACUUAUGCAACUCAUAGUGAAUGUUCAAUUGAAUUUGAAGUGGAUGGACCAUACAAGGCAAUGAUUAUUCCUGCUUCUAAGGAAGAAGGAAUUCUAAUCAAGAAGCGCUAUGCUGUCUUUAAUGACGAUGGGACACUUGCUGAACUUAAAGGUUUUGAGAUCAAACGUAGAGGUGAGCUGAAGCUCAUCAAAGUUUUCCAGGCUGAGCUUUUCGAUAAGUUCCUUCACGGUUCUACAUUAGAGGAAUGUUAUUCAGCCGUUGCUUCUGUUGCCAACCGCUGGCUUGAUCUUCUUGAUAAUCAAGGAAAGGAUAUUGCAGACAGUGAGUUGCUUGAUUACAUAUCAGAAUCAAGCACCAUGAGCAAGUCUUUGGUGGAAUAUGGAAGCCAAAAAUCGUGUGCGGUAACCACUGCACGGCGUCUUGCUGAUUUUCUUGGUGAUACAAUGGUCAAAGAUAAAGGACUGCGUUGUCAGUAUAUAGUUGCAUGUGAACCACAGGGAGCACCUGUCAGUGAGCGUGCUGUUCCAGUUGCAAUAUUUGAAACAGAUGCUGAAAUUAUGAAGUUUUACGUACGAAAGUGGUGCAAGGUCUCGGAUAUUGACAUCAGAUCCAUUAUAGACUGGUCCUAUUACAAACAACGUCUAGGUUCAGCAAUUCAGAAAAUCGUCACCAUUCCCGCUGCAAUGCAAAAGGUUGCAAAUCCUGUCCCUAGGGUGGUUCAUCCUGAUUGGCUACAUAAGAAGGUUCGUGAGAAGGAAGAUAAAUUUCGACAACGAAAAUUGGUUGAUAUGUUCACGUCAGUCAACAAGGAUCAGUUGGUGGAAAAUAAUGAUGCUAUUGGCCCUAAUCACGUGGUAGAUGAAGAUAUGGUUGAUGAUUUAGAAGACUUCAAAAGCAAAAACAGUACCAUAAGCAGACCAAGACCGAUUGUUCACUGUUAUGAAGUCAAUAACCAGAAAAAAUCAGCCAAGGCAAAUGGUGAAAGACAUCAACAUCAACAACAAACAAAUCAAAUAGAAAUUGAUCAUCAAGAGCAAAUUGCUGUCACUUGGGAAGAGAUUGACAAAAGUGUCGAUUAUCAAGGCUGGCUUGCAAUGAAGAAAAGAAAAUGGAAAGAUACUCUUGACAAGAGGAAGAAACAACGAUUGAAUAAUGCAAGGUCUGCUCAUCAUGCUCAUGACAAGCUCCUUGGUGGUGGGAGACUCAAAGGAGCUCAGGGGAAAAUAGGUGUGAAUUCAUAUUUUAGGAGUCAUGAGGAAGCCCUAACUCGCUGCCAUUGGCAGAUAUUACAACUAGUUCCGAGUUCUGAGACUGGCCAAAUUUUGGCUUGGGUUGUUGUUGAAGGAAUGAUGCUUAAGAUUCCUCUAAAUGUUCCAAGAAUUUUUUACAUCAAUUCUACAUCACCUAUAAAAGAAGAACUGAAAGAAGAAUUACCAGGGAAGUAUGUCAACAAGACUCUUCCACAUGGAAGACAUAGCUAUUACCUAUAUGAGGUUUCAGUUGAUGAGAAGAGGAAUAGGACAGUGAGGAAAAAGCUUGCGUCUCUUAUCGCUGAUCCAGAUAUUGAGGGAAUAUACGAGACAAAGGUGCCUUCAGAGUUUAAUGUAAUCACACAGAUUGGUUGUGUCUGUAAACUAGACAAAAAAGCUCAGGGAGAUGCCAAAAAUGGCUGGAGCAUUAGUGCACUGGACAUGAAGAAUACAACAGAGUGCUCUUAUCUGGCCCAAUCCAUCGCUUUCUUUUACUUGUAUCACAGCAUCGCUGAAGGAUCUGAAGGGCGUGCAAUAUUUGUUGCUUAUUUUCCUGCUUCAAGAACAAUAACUGUUGUGGUGGUGAAUCCUUAUCAAAAUAAAGAUUUGUCACCAUCUUUUCUUGAGAAACAAUUCCGGGAAGCUUGUCAGGCAUUAUCACUUCAGCUGCCUCCUAGGAACGGAAUAUUUAUCAAGGUAGACUACGUUGGAUUUGUAAAGGAUGCUGAAAAGAUUUUGCAGCAAGCAAUUAAUGAGCACAGACAUGAACAUCAGGGACCUGCAAUUGCUGUUAUUGAAUGCCCGAAUGCUCAAUUAAUGAAGUCAGGUAUACGAGCACUUGAUGAUUUUCCAUGUGUGAGCAUUCCGUGUAAUGCUCGUGAUAGUCAAUAUCAGGUUCUUGGGUGGCAACAAGUGGCUGCAAAAAUUGGCAUGCAACGUUGUGCUGCAUCAUCUCCAUGGUUGAUUGAUAGAAUUUCUCUCUCAAGAUAUUCACACGUUCCAUUGGGAAAUUUUGAAGUUGACUCCCUUAUGCAUACAGCUGAUAUCUUCUUCUCAAGAGCAUUACGUGAUAGCCAGCAGGUACUUUGGAUAUCUGAUGAUGGUAUUCCAGAUCUAGGAGGCAUUAAUGAGGAAAGCAGAUUUUUUGCAGAUGAGGUCCAUCAACCAUUUGUUAUUACUAGACCUGGAGCUUAUAGAAAGGUCACUGUGGAGCUAAAGAUACAUCAUCUAGCUGUAGAUGCUCUUCUGAAAAGCAACCAAGUAAAUGAAAUGGAAGGAGGUGCUUUGCUAGGAUUUGAAACAGACAUGAACACUGGAUCACAGACUUUUAAUAUGCAUGCUGCCUUUGAUGAAGCUACUUCAUCUGCACAUGCAUUCCGAGUUCUGAAACAGAUGAUCCUCCGGUGUCUUGCUGAUGCAAAUACAUCUGGAAAUGUGUAUGCUGAUGCAUUGCUGCAACAUCUGUAUCGAUGGCUUUGCAGCCCCCAAUCUAAACUGCAUGAUCCAGCACUUCAACGCCUACUUGACAAGGUCAUGAAAAAGGUGCUCUUGAUUUUAUUGGCUGAGUUCCGCAAAUUGGGUGCGAAUAUCAUAUUUGCGAAUUUCUACAAGGUUAUUAUAGACACAGGAAAAUUUGAUAUAUCAGCAGCCAAAGCUUAUUGCGAUAGCGUGCUUAAAACUAUCCAGAAAAGAGAACUAUUUGAGUGGAUUGAACUUGAACCAUUGCACUUCUGGCAUUCUUUGCUGUUCAUGGAUCAGUAUAAUUAUGGUGGAAUUCCAGUUAGAGCUAAUGAUAAUGUGUAUGGUGAAUCUCAAGUGGAUAUUGUGUCGAGCUGGAACAUUGCUGAAUACCUGCCCAAGAAAAUUCAGGACCAUUUUAUAUUUAUUGUUUCCCAGUUUCUAUAUAUUCCCUGGAAUUAUGCACAGAAGCAGUCUGCCGUUACAGCAACUUUACAGGAUGGCAGCAGCUGCACACCAUCAAUUACGGUUGCAGCUGCUGAGACUUUGGAAUCUAACAUGACCGAUUUUCUCAAAGGACAGAUCAGCUCGUACUUUACUGAAAAGCUUCUGGGAAUUGUUCGUGAUACAAUACUUCAUAUGAAGGAACUGAACAAGUCUGAGAAUGACUAUCGGACAUCUCCUGGCCUGCAACAAUUUGUUGGUAAUAUCCACAAAGGCGAUGUGGCGCUUGAGUUCAUCAAGAAUGUCUGUGGUGUUUUGCUCAUUGAUCAAAAUGUUGAGCAUGACGUUAUGGUUAUGAGAAGUAAUUUAUUAAAAUAUAUGCAUGUGAGGGAGUCUGCUCCUGAAGCUCAGUUUUGUGAUCCCUGCCCAUCCUUGUUCUUACGAAAUGUCAUUUGCAGCUACUGCAAUGACUGUAGAGACCUGGACAUCUGCCGUGAUUCAGCUCUACUAGGUGGGGAGUGGCGCUGUGCUGUGCCUCAAUGUGGGCAGCCUUAUGACAGAGAACUGAUGGAGAAUACCCUUCUUCAGAUUGUACAGCAGAGAGAGCGGCUCUACCACCUACAAGACCUCGUGUGUCUCCGGUGUAACCAAGUGAAAGCUGCACAUUUAGCAGAACAAUGUGGAUGUGCCGGCUCUUUUAGCUGCAAGGAAGACGCAGCUGAAUUUUGCGAAAAGAUGCAGUUAAUCUUGAAAAUUUCCAUUUAUCAGAAAUUUCAACUUCUACAAGAGUGCACUGAGUGGAUUUUAGAAGUUGUGAAAGAUUGAUCUGCUCUCUUCAAUACAUUUAGAUGGGCAGCCAUAGUUCUUAUGUUAUGUGUGACCGUGAAGAUGACCACAUCCAGUGAGGUUUUAAAGCAAGCAGGUCAAAUUACAAAAAAUUUGUCCUUGUUAAUUCCUUGUACUGUUGUACAUGAUAGGCCCCAAUGUUACCCCCCUUUGACUUGUGUAUGAUCUGUAAAUAGUGUAAAUAAUGCUAUAAACAAAAGGCUUUCAGUGCAAUCUUGACUCAUU